UCGCUCCGUUCCCCGCGGAGCUUCCUCGGCAUCUGGAGGGGAGGGAGGCGCUGGAGGAGCAGGAGAAACAAGCAGCCACCGAGAAGACGAAGGAAAACACGUCGCAGCGAAUACGUGAACGUACGUGAACACAGGCGAGGAAGCCGCCGGCCUAAUAAAACCCCUUUUGAUUGGUUGAGGCCCAAGACUUCUAUCAUCAUCAUCGUCAUCAUGGAUGUUCCCCAACCUGGAGGUCCUCGUAGCCCAUAGCUCUCUACGACCUCCACUUGUAGCCUCUUGAGCCCUGGGCCGUAACAAGCAGCUGUCAAUCGCUGACCUCCUGUCAGCCGGCCAGUCCCGCGUCACGAUGAUGUCAGUCGGCGUGACCAAUCGCAACGGGCCCGCCGCGGCCCCGCCCACCUCGCUCAACCUGCGCUCCUCCCACAACCAGCUCCUCAGCAGCGACGUCACCAAGCAGGGCUCGGCCACGCCCCCCAAGUGCAGGAAAAAGUACGCUCUGACCAGCAUCCAGGCGGCCAUGGGCCUGGGUGAGACGCCCCCGCCCGGCUCCUCCCCCCCGUCCCCGGGGUCCCCGGGGACGACCCCGUCGCCCACGCCCAACAACCCCAAACUGGCCAAGAACGACGUCAACCAGCUCCGGAAGGCGGGGCAGGACCACAACAGGAACACGGUGGGGGGGCCGGAGCCGGGGGCCCCCGACGGCACGGAGGGGCGGCCCGACGAGGACACGCCCGGCCCCGAGAUCGACGCUCCCUCUCAGGUCAACGGCAACGCGGGCGACGGCGACGGCGACGGCGGCGGCGGCGGUGGCGGCAGCCUCAUCAUCCCCGACGGCGAGCCCCAGCGGGACGCCAACGCCGGGCCGGAAGAACCCAACCGGAACACGGAGCCCGCCGACCCCGACGAGAACACGGGCGGGAACGUCCCCCCGGCCCCGGAGCGGAACUCCAACCUGUCGGCGCUGGAGUUCCACCUGAGCAUCCAGGCCGAGGAGUCGGACGACAUCAGCAUCCUGUCGGAGAAGGAGCUGAUGAUGUCCAAGGUGCAGAUCGAGGAGGAGGAGGGGGAGGAGGAAGAGGAGGAGGAGGGGGAGGGCGACGAGGGGCCGGAGGACGAGAAGGCGCCGCUGCUGCUGAUCCACGGCGACAGCCCGCCGCCGAGACACAAGCGUUUCCCCGCGCCGGGCCUCAUCUCCGACCUCCUCCCCCCCCCCGGCAAUAAGCUGCUCCUCUCGGGGAAGGACUCCCCCCCCGCGCCCCCUCCCCCGUCCCCGCCGCGGCGCGCCAGCCCAGAGGACACGCCCCUGCUGUCCGUGGCCUCCUCCUCCUCCGCCUCCUCCUCCCCCGAGACCAAGAAGGAGCGCCGCACCGGCGCCAAGACGGACUGCGCCCUGAACCGCAUCCAGAACCUGAACCCCAGCGACGAGGAGUCCAGCUGGACCACGCUGUCCCAGGAGAGCAACACCCCCGAGGAGACAGCAGACAUCUGGAGCGAGCCGUCGUUCCAGACCGACCCGGACCUACCCCCGGGAUGGAAGAAGAUCACGGACAUGGCGGGGGUGUACUACUGGCACAUCCCCACCGGCACCACCCAGUGGGAGAGGCCCUGCGCCGCCGCCGACGGGGCCCCGGCCCCCGGGGGACCGGCGGACCCCCAGGACGGGGUCCCGGCCCUGGGCGACGUCGCCCCCGCGCCACGCACUCACUCCAGCAGCUCGGCCAGCCCCUCGCCCACACCGGACUACCAGUCAUCCCAGACGGAGAUCUUCUUCGGGGCGUCGCCCCGGUCGGGCAGCACCACCUCGGACAGCUCCCUGGAGCCCCUCCCCGCCCACCAGCCCGUCAUGCCCUCGUGCGGCUUCGUCAACAGCUGCUACUUCCCUCGCUCCGCCUCUGUGCAGGGCGAGUCGGACCAGGAGGGCUCCUCCCAGCUGCAGGAGGAGAAGAAACCGGUGUGGAGUGAAUUUGGUGGAAAGAUUGAUAGUGAGGUUUGGAAGGACCUGCAGGCAGCCACAGUGAACCCUGACCCGAGCCUGAAGGAGUUUGAGGGGGCAACACUUCGCUACGCAUCGCUCAAACUAAGGAACCCCCAACCGGUGGAAGAAGAGACGUCUAGCGGAAGUAACUGUGAUUCAGAGACAAAGUGUUUCGCGGUGCGCUCUCUGGGUUGGGUGGAGAUGGCGGAGGAUGACCUGGCUCCAGGCAAGAGCAGCGUUGCCGUUAACAACUGCAUCCGUCAGCUCUCCUACAGCAAGAACGACAUCCGGGACACCGUGGGAAUCUGGGGAGAGGGAAAGGACAUGUACCUGGUCCUAGAGAACAACAUGCUGAACCUGGUCGACCCAAUGGACCGCAGUGUGCUCCACGCUCAGCCAAUCGCAAGCAUCCGUGUGUGGGGCGUUGGCCGUGACAACGGAAGAGAGAGGGACUUUGCGUACGUGGCCCGAGACAAGAACACCAGGAUCCUGAAAUGUCAUGUGUUCCGCUGUGACACGCCGGCCAAAGCCAUCGCCACCAGCCUGCACGAGAUCUGCUCCAGGAUCAUGACAGAGAGGAAGAUUGCCAAGGCCCUGGCUGGAGGUUCUCUCCAGGACCGGGUCCAGGCCGGACUGGACCUCCCUCUGCAAGAGUUCCCCACCCCUAAGACGGAGCUGGUGCAGAAGUUCCAGGUGUUCUACCUGGGGAUGCUUCCGGUCGCCAGGCCUAUAGGCAUGGACAUCCUGAACGGGGCCAUUGACAGUCUGGUGGGGUCCUGCGACCGAGCCGACUGGAACCCCGUGGCCCUGACCGUGGCCGAUGCCACCGUGACAAUCAGCAAGGACGAGGAGGAGGAGGAGGUGCUCGUGGAGUGCCGCGUGCGCUUCCUGUCCUUCAUGGGCGUGGGGCACAACGUGCACUCGUUCGCCUUCAUCAUGGACGCCGGCGGCCAGCGCUACGACUGCCACGUGUUCUGGUGCGAGCCCAACGCCGGGGGCGUGUCGGAGGCCGUGCAGGCCGCCUGCAUGCUGCGGUACCAGAAGUGUCUGGUGGCGCGGCCCCCCUCCCAGCGGGCCUGUGGCUCCUCCCCCCCCGGUGACUCGGUGUCCCGGCGGGUGUCCACCAGCGUGAAGCGCGGCGUGCUGUCUCUCAUCGACACCCUGAAGCAGAAGAGACCCGUCACCGAGCUGCCGCAGUGACUGCCCCCCCACCCCCCCCCUCCCUCCUCCCCCCCAAGGGAAACAAAGCCCCCCAAGAACAAGCAAACCCACCCAACACGCUACCACCUCCACACGCUUCACUCCGCCCCCUCCUCCCCGUGUCAGCUGAAUACACCCCCCUCUCCCCCCCCCCCCCCUGCG